AUGUCAAAGGUUGAAGCUCUAAUGAGAGAAUACCCAGCUCCACCUGAGGAAGAACUCUACCCAGAGGUCUGUGCUGAGAAGGCCUGGACCCUUUCGAGGUUUGACAAAGAAAAGAGGCUGCAGGCUGAAGAGCUCUUCCAGAGAGCCGUGAUGAUGCAGCCAGACAACGUGGAAUGGCAGACCAGCUGGGCCAUAUUAUCAGCAGAUCCCUUCCUAGACAACAUGGAAGACAUGCCUCCCGAAGUCUUUGAGAAACUGAGAUCAGCCACUGAACGAGAUCCAGAAAACUUGUAUGUUGCUGCUCUUUAUCUGAGGGCACGAGCUGCAAAAGGAGAACAAAUUCAAGAUGAAGCUCAAAGAUUGGCUGAAAGGAUCCUAGAAAGAUUUCCAAGCAGUUACAAUGGCUUCAGCCACUUAGGGCGACUGUACAGGGACUAUAUAUCAAAAGAUGACGCUAUUAAGGUAGCCAAAGAGGCCAUGAGGAGAUAUCCUGACAGUCGUUAUGCAAAGAGAUUUGCUGCCAUCUGCUACAAGAAUAAAGUCCUUUCCCCAGACUUCAAACCCAGUAGUCAAAGCGGCAUCGUCACACGAGCCAUUAGUCUCUGGGAGGAGAAUAUUGAUCUCUAUGUUUGGCUGAAGUCUGAUUGA